AAAAAAAACCAACGCUCAUGUGGUAUUGGUUUUGUUGUCGUUGCUGUUGAUGCUGGUUUUUUUUAAUGGCGAUGGAAUCCAGAGGCGACGGCAUCCAAUUCUCUCUCUUUUUGUUGAAAACCCAGGUAAAGCUAUUAACUUUUCUUCUUCUCUUCUCUAAUCGAACUUCUCUUUCGAUCUGUGUCACGAGCUCUUCUUUUUAGUAUACGCUUGUAGGUGGGUACUUGGUAGUGGAUGUUGGUAAUGGCUGACUCGGUAGAUUCAAUUUUGGAAUUCCUCCGAAGAAAUCGAUUUACAAGGGCUGAGGCUGCUUUGCGUGGUGAGCUCAGUAACCACCCGGAUUUGAAUGGAUCACUUCAAAAACCCAUCAUGAAAGAAAGGGAGGAGGAAAAACCAGAGGUAAGCAACCGGGGAUCAGAUGCUCAAAGUAGUGCUGAAGUUUCCAACGAACUUAUUGUGAAGGAGAUUGAGUAUGGUACUAGUAGAAAUGGCUAUGAAAGCAAAUGGAGACCUUCCUCUUUUGUUGGGGAAAGAAAUAUGCCUUGUGAAUUAGUUGGGACGACUGAGAAGAGCUUCUGUUUUACUCAAGGUUCUCAGGACAACCAACCAGAUCUGCACCCGUGGAAAUUUAAUCCCAAUAAUGGUCCUUUUGAUCUAUUGCAGAAGGAUGGUGAUAAUAAUACUACCAACUUUUCAGAGCUUCAAAUAUCUGAACAAUCAAAGCAACAUUCUCAUGCCUCAGAUAAAAGGGACAAGGUUAUUGGAGUGACGAAAUCUGGAGAAUAUGCUGCAGAGAUGGGUUUGUCUGGGGAACAGAAAACUUUAUGGCCUGGAAGUGCAAGUGCAAGUAAAUCCAGUUUUGAACUGAAAUUUGAGAGGAGUCAGAUAAGAGAGCGCAAAGAACUUGGUCAGCAAUGUGGACCUAAUCCUACAUCCUCUAAGGAUGGCUUAAUGGAUGGCCUGUGGUCAAAUAAUGAGGAACCCACACAUUCAUCUUCAGAUCCUUGGAAAGAGUGCUCUGUCAAGACUGUUUUCCCAUUCUCCAAAGGUGAUGCAUCAACUAGUUAUGAUAGUGCUCUUGCUUCUGGUGACAAAAGAAAAGAAGGAAAGGGGAAAUUAGAGACUAAUGAUAUCAGGGCAGUCAUGAAGGAGCAGGUGGAUGAGAUUGGAAGAGCUAUAUUUUUUGGGAAGUCUCAGGGAAUUUCAGAGCAGAAGAAUGUCUGUAGCUUAGAUUUACCACUUGCAGGGAAUCACAAGGAGGAGUUUCCAAGGUUGCCUCCUGUUAAACUAAAGUCAGAGGACAAGCCAGUAAACAUUCAUUGGGAGGAAAAAUUUGAUCACUAUGGACAUGAAGCAAAGCUCAACAACUUGGAUACCACUACAUUGAUUGGAUCCUUUUUGGAUGUUCCGGUUGGACAAGAAAUCAAUUCAGCAGGUGGAAAGAGGACUCUUGGAAGUAGUUGGCUCUCUGUAAGUCAGGGCAUUGCUGAGGAUAAUUCUGAUUUAGUUUCUGGCUUCGCUACCAUUGGUGAUGGCUUGAGUGAGUCAGUUGAUUAUCCAAAUGAGUACUGGGACUCUGAUGAGUAUGAUGAUGAUGAUGAUGUGGGAUACAUGAGACAACCAAUUGAAGAUGAAACUUGGUUUCUGGCUCAUGAAGUUGACUACCCGAGUGACAAUGAAAAAGGAAUGGUGCAUGGGAGUGUUCAAGAUCAGCAGGAAAGAGGUCCAACAAAAGAUGAGGAUGAUCAAUUGUUUGCUGAGGAGGACUGUUACUUCUCUGGUGAGCGAUAUUUUCAGGGAAGAAAUAUUGAACAAGUUGGUGCUUCAGAUGAUCCUAUGGGGCUCUCAAUCUCCGAAAUAUAUGGAAGGAAUGAUGAAAAUGAGCUAAUAGCUCAAUAUGAUGGGCAAUUGAUGAAUGAAGAGGAACUAAACUUGAUGCGUGCAGAGCCUGUUUGGCAGGGCUUUGUUACACAAACAAAUGAUCUUAUCAUGUUAAGCAAUGGGAGAGUUCCUAAUGAGUGUGAAAGGCCUCGAUCAGAUGAACUCUGUAUGGAUGAUGACCAGCAUGGUUCUGUCAGAUCCAUUGGUGUGGGUAUCAACAGUGAUGCUGCUGAUAUAGGCAGUGAAGUACGGGAAAGUUUGGUUGGAGGAAGCAGUGAAGGAGAUUUGGAAUACUUCCAAGAUCAUGGUGUUGGCAUUGGUGCGUCCCGACAUUUGCAGCAUGUCAUAGAUAAGAGAUAUCUUGAUGGAUUGAAUAGGGAUAAGCAAAGGACAGCUAAGCAGGGUUCUGAUAAAUACAUUAUGGGGAAUGACAAGGCUGCCUGUACCAUGACUGCAAAUUAUGGUGAUAUUGGAUUUUCUUUUCCACCCCAAAGAGGUGGGGACUCGUUGCAGGCUAACUCUGGUAAAUCUUUAUGGUCUGGCAGGGAAACUGCUAUUACUGGUGAUGAAACGGAUGAUUGUGGCAAUGGUUUGAUAGGGACUGAUGACAUGCAUCCCACAUGGAAGCGGAGGAGCAAUGAUUCAUCACCUGUCAAGAGUUCUAGGGAUGAAAACAAUGCUAAUGUUAUAAGGUCAGGCAAUUCUAGUGCUUCGACAGUAUCAAACUAUGGAUACACAGAAAGAGAACAUAGUAAGAAAGGUGACGACGACAAAGCUAGUGAUGUAAGAGAGGAAGAUCCAGGGAUCACAUUAGAGGAUGAAGAGGCAGCAGCUGUACAGGAGCAAGUGAGACAGAUUAAGGCCCAGGAGGAAGAAUUUGAAACUUUUAACCUGAAGAUUGUUCAUAGGAAAAACAGAACUGGCUUUGAGGAGGAUAAAAACUUCCAUGUUGUUUUAAAUUCUGUAAUUGCUGGGCGGUAUCAUGUUACGGAAUAUCUUGGAUCAGCUGCAUUCAGUAAAGCCAUUCAAGCGCAUGAUUUGCACACAGGAAUGGAUGUCUGUGUGAAAAUUAUAAAGAACAACAAAGAUUUUUUUGAUCAGAGCCUUGAUGAAAUAAAGCUUCUCAAGUUUGUCAAUAAGCAUGACCCUGCUGACAAGUACCAUAUACUACGGUUGUACGAUUACUUCUAUUUUCGAGAGCAUUUGCUGAUCGUAUGUGAACUUCUUAAGGCAAAUUUAUAUGAAUUUCACAAAUUCAAUAGGGAAUCUGGAGGCGAGGUUUACUUUACAAUGCCAAGGUUGCAGUCAAUUACUAUUCAGUGUUUGGAGGCUCUUCAAUUUUUGCAUGGACUUGGACUUAUUCAUUGUGAUUUGAAGCCUGAGAAUAUUUUGGUAAAGAGCUACAGUAGAUGUGAGGUGAAGGUCAUAGACCUUGGAAGUAGCUGCUUCGAAACAGAUCACCUCUGCUCGUAUGUGCAAUCUAGGUCCUAUCGUGCACCAGAGGUUAUCUUGGGGCUUCCUUAUGAUAAGAAGAUAGAUAUAUGGUCACUGGGCUGCAUCUUGGCAGAACUUUGUACUGGAAAUGUUCUCUUUCAAAAUGAUUCACCUGCAACUCUGCUUGCACGUGUAAUUGGAAUCAUUGGUCCCGUUGACCAAGACAUGCUUGCAAAAGGACGAGAUACAUACAAAUAUUUCUCCAAAAACCACAUGCUUUAUGAGAGGAAUCAGGAGUCUAACAGAUUGGAAUACCUGAUUUCCAAAAAAACGUCCCUACGGCACCGGUUGCCAAUGGGGGACCAAGGUUUCAUUGACUUCAUUGCCCAUCUCCUUGAAAUAAACCCAAAGAAGCGUCCUACCGCAUUUGAAGCUUUGAAGCACCCAUGGCUCUCCUUUCCGUACGAACCCAUCUCAUCUUGACAGAUCAAACCCUGAUGGAGAUGACAUGUAACAAAUGCCUCAAAGCCUGGAUCUGGGUGCUUUGAUGAGAGGAGUCCAUUCAGUUCCUGGAUGCAACCUGUCAUCUAGUGGUGCAAUCAGCAGUGUGAUUUACUACAGGUGCGAGCUGCAACAAUUUGGACUGCCCACAUGUAUGGGAUGCAUGGGAUAAUGUAUUUGGUUGUCUUCAGGAAAUCUCUCCCACAACCAUCCCGCUGAAACAAAGUUAUGAAGUUGCAUGUUAACUUGCUGUAACUUGGAAUGUAAUUUUUUCUGCUCCAAGUAUUCUAGGUUUUAUUGCUUGCUUGCUAUGGUGUGAAGGGAUCUUCACUCUGUUGUAUAUGAUGUGAUUAUUUUUUAAGGGUUUCUAUCAAUUGCUUAUGAAAUAGCUGUGCUGACUGGACAUUGUUUGCUUCUGAG